GGAGCCGGCAGCCCCCAGCGCUGGGAGAGCUGUUCCUCGCGGGGGUCUCGGAUCUUGAGGAGUGUAAGAGGCCCGAGACCCCGGUCCUGAUCACCCUGGAGGGCCUGCUGCAGGCAUAUAUUAGUCCUCCCCAACUCCAUGGGCCUCUGAAGCUUUCCCUGCAAUCCUGUGAAGUGAAGCUACCAGCCAGGUUUGGAAUCGAAGCCUCUUAAAAUGGCAGAUGAUUUGGACUUCGAGACAGGAGAUGCAGGGGCCUCAGCCACCUUCCCGAUGCAGUGCUCAGCAUUACGUAAGAAUGGUUUUGUGGUGCUCAAAGGCCGGCCAUGUAAGAUCGUCGAGAUGUCUACUUCGAAGACUGGCAAGCACGGCCACGCCAAGGUCCACCUGGUUGGUAUUGACAUCUUUACUGGGAAGAAAUAUGAAGAUAUCUGCCCGUCAACUCAUAAUAUGGAUGUCCCCAACAUCAAAAGGAAUGACUUCCAGCUGAUUGGCAUCCAGGAUGGGUACCUAUCACUGCUCCAAGACAGCGGGGAGGUGCGAGAGGACCUUCGUCUGCCUGAAGGAGACCUUGGCAAGGAGAUUGAGCAGAAGUACGACUGUGGAGAAGAGAUCCUGGUAUGGUGCCCCCUCCCUGUUUCUGUGCUUAGCUUUGCUUCUUUCUCUGAGCUCAGACUUCUGACUAUCCCUCUUGCUCCUCCAGAUCACGGUGCUGUCUGCUAUGACAGAGGAAGCAGCUGUUGCAAUCAAGGCCAUGGCAAAAUAACUGGCUCCCAGGUGAGUGUGACAGAUUUAACACUGUCCCUCCUUCACACAUUUUGUUAUUGAAGUUGUUCUAGUAUUAAUUAUUCCAAGCUUACUUUCUGCCCCCAUUCUUUUUCCUGUUGAAGGUAUUAUCCUGUCUUACAUGGUUUCUCUCUCCUACCCAGGGUGGCGACGGUGGCAGCAGUGAUCCUCGAGCCUGCAGAGGCCCCCUACUCCAGCCUGGCCUGACUAUGGCCUGGCCCUAGGCUGGACUCCUCCUACACAAUUUAUUUGACGUUUUAUUUUGGUUUCCCCUACCCCCUCUAUCUGUCGGGGAGCCCCUGCCCUUCACCUAGCUCCCUUGGCCAGGAGCGAGCAAGCCAUGGCCUUGGUGAAGCUGCCCUCCUCUUCUCCCCUCGCACUACAGCCCUGGUGGGGGAGAGGGGGUGGGUGCUGCUUGUGGUUUAGUUUUUUUUUUUUUUUUUUUUUUUUUUAAUUCAAUCUGGAAUCAGAAAAAGCUGUGGAUUCUGGCAAAUGGUCCUCGUGCCCUUCCCCUACUCAUCCCUGGUCUGGUUCCCUCUUCCCCAUAGCCCUUUGCCCUAAGCACCACCCCCACAGACUGGGGACCAGCCCCCUCCCCUGCCUGUGUCUCUCCCCAAACCCCUUUAGAUGGGGAGGGAAGAGGAGGAGAGGGGAGGGGACCUGCCCCCUCCUCAGGCACCUGGGAGGGCCCUGCCCCCAUGGGCUUCACCCUUUCCUGCGGGCUCUCUCCCCGACACAUUUGUUAAAAUCAAACCUGAAUAAAACUACAAGUUUAAUAUGAA